AAUGGAAGCCGCUGGGAGCAAUCGACGAAACGCGCGGCUGCCCCCAGAGGUCAACCGUGCGGUGUACGUUAGGAACUUGCCCUUCAACAUCAGCAGCGAGGAAAUGUUCGAUAUAUUCGGGAAGUACGGCGCGCUGAGGCAGGUGCGGAUCGGGAACACGAAGGAGACGCGAGGCACCGCGUACGUAGUGUACGAGGACAUCUACGACGCCAAGAACGCCGUCGACCAUCUCUCCGGAUUCAACGUCGCGAACCGGUAUUUGAUUUGUCUGUACUACAACCCGCAGCGGAUGAACAAGAGGCAACAGAACGACCUCGCGAAGAAGCAGCAGGAGAUUAAAGAUUUGCAGGAGCGAUACGGCGUAGACGGGCAGAGUGACAAGUUGUGAAGAAUCAACUACGUAUUCUUCCUCCGUUGAACGAACGCCUUCAAAACCCUCCCUCGUCGAGAACCUUGACGUACGCUCUCGCCUCCGCGAUGUCCGCGAACAGCUCGUGCCUACAGCACAUCGCCCCCGUGAACCGCUCCCGAGGAUUCACGGACAGCAACCCGGUGAUGAACUCGAGCUCGACGUCGUCCAUCACCCCCGCGUAUCUCCCCACCAAGCCGUCCUCCGGGUCGUGCGGCGGGAGCUCGUCGAAGUUCACCCCGGCGUUGUUCGGGUUGACGCUGAACGCCAUCAUCUGCCCGGGGGUGAGCUUGCCUAAACACCGCUGUAUGCGAAUCAGCUGAUCGAUGUCCGAGUCCCCGGGGAAUAUCGGCUCGCCGUCCGUGAGCUCGCACAUGAGACACCCGAUCGCCCACAUGUCGACCCCGGGUCCGUACUUGGUGCGCACGGACUCCCCGGAGUUGUCGUACGGAGGACCCAACAACAGCUCGGGGGCGCGGUACCACCGCGUCGCGACGUAGUCGGUCAACACGCCGUCCUCGCCGUUCCCUUCCACGGAUCUCGCGAACCCGAAGUCGCACAGCUUCACGACGCCGUGGGGGUCGACUAAGACGUUCUCCGGUUUCACGUCUCGGUACACGUAUUUCCC